CCUACACUCUCCUCCACACUCUCCCCUGCACUCUCCCCUACACUCUCCCCUACACUCUCCUCUCAUUUCCAGUCUGCUCUCAUUUAAUAUUAACGCUCCUCCACUCUCCACCCUCCCCUCAUCUCUCGAAUCUCCUCUAACCUCCACCGCCCUCUCCACACUCAUCCACUCUCCAAUACAAUUUGCAUUCUCCACUCUCUCCACUCAUCGCCACUCUCCUCCUGUCCCAUCUCCCCUCUCCACUCGUUCCUCCGCACUCUCUCACUCUCUGCACUCACCUCCACGCUGCUCUCCCGCGCACGCCUCCCCAACGCGUGCUGGCACGAUCCGACCUGAAGUCUCAAACUCCCGAGUCCUCCUCGCCUCGUCUCUCAGAGUUCCGAGAGAGAACGGGCGAGCGGAGGAGGAGCGCGAACGUCGCUCAACUCAUCCAUGAGCGCCCCGCGCAACGCGACGCAGUCGCCUGCCCUGCUGUGGUCGGGCGCCUCGGGGGUGCAGCACGGGUGGAUGGAGGAGGACGACGACGCCGUGUGGGACGAGCGGCUUCCGGCGGAGGACGCGGAGGGCGACUCCGCGAUGCCGGGUCCUGCGCUGCGCGCCUCCAUCGCGGCGCUGUACGCGGCGAUCAUGGCCGUGGGGGUGGUGGGGAACGUGGCGCUGAUGAGCGCCGUGUGCCGCGCGCGCUCCCUGCGCAGCGGCCCCAACGUGCAGCUGUGCAGCCUGGCGCUGGGCGACGCCGUCCUGCUGCUCGCCUGCGUGCCCGUGGACGCCGCCAAGUAUUUCGCGCCGCAGUGGCUCUUCGGAGAAUUCGGCUGCAAGCUGAUCCCCUAUAUCCAGCUCACGAGCGUCGGGGUGUCCGUGUUCACGCUCACCGCGCUCUCCGCCGACAGGUACAGGGCGAUCGUGAAGCCCAUGAAGCUGCAGCGCGCCGCGCCGCGCCACGCUCUGCGCCGCGCCCUGGCGCGCGCCGCCCUCAUAUGGGCGCUGGCGCUCGCCCUGGCGCUGCCCGACGCCGUCCUCUCGCACGUCCACGCCUUCUACGCCCCCCACGGUCGCACGCUGCUCGUCUGCGUGCCCUUCCCGCUGGACGGCGACGCGCAGCCGCUGCGCAUCCACGCCUCGCUCCUCUUCCUCGCCUACUACGCGCUGCCCCUGUGCGCUAUCUGCGGCUACUACUAUCACAUCGCGCGCGCGCUCCUCGCCAGCGCGCGCGAGCUGCCGGGGGAGCGCGGAGGCGGCGGUGGAGAGCACGCGUGGAGACAGGUGCCCGCUCUCAGCGCUCGCGCUCCUCAGGGUUGCACCGCCACAGUGCGGCAGGGUGUAGUGGCGGUGGUGGUGAUGGCGAAGUGGGUCUUUGUGUCCGUGUCGCCGCAGGUGCAGGCGCGCAGGAAGCUGGCGCGCACCGUGCUGGUGCUGGCGGCGCUCUUCGCCGCGUGCUGGCUGCCCGCACACCUCCUGUACCUCUACCGCGCGUUCGCCCCGGGGCAGGCGGCCGCGUCGCGCGCUCACCUCCUGCUCACCGUGGCGGCGCGCGCCCUCUCCUUCUGCGGCUCCUGCGUCAACCCCAUGGCGCUCUACCUGCUCAGCGACGGCUUCCGCGCGCACCUCCGCGCCGAUUUGUCUCCGUGCCGCCGCCUCUUCCGCGGUGUCGGAGGCGGCGGCAGUGGAGGAGGAGACGCGGGAGCCGCGAUGCGACGCAGGCGGCGGCGGCGCAGCACGAGGCUCGCGUCCGUGCUGACGCGCGCCACGUCCGUGCGCAGCACGAGCAGCCUCGCGGGGGGCAGCGAGCGCAGGGGGGUGGCCUUCCAGCUGAGCGUCCCCGACAUCGCCCUGCUCGAGCCGCACGGCCCGCAGCCAGCCGCGCUGCAAGCGAAUGCGUGACCAGGGCGGAGAGGGCCGGAGGCCGUCCGUGGUCGUGCCUGCUGUUGUGCAGCACCCCUGGUAGUUACCUCGCUGCGCUGGACAGGAGUGCGACGUAGAGUAGGCAGGGCGAUUGAUGACGGUCGCCUCCGAUCACUCUCAUGUCGGAACAACCAUGUGUACGUAGGGAUGUUGAACUUCUUUCGCACCGUACGUAGCCAACCGCGCUAAUCGGAGGUUCGAAACGUGGUCACUGUUCCGUUGAUUCCUCCGCCCGUGUUGAUAACUCGGUCUGCCAGGCACUGACAGCCUCGUCUCCUCCACGCAGUGCUUGACCACCACACUGCAGAUCACAACAACAACAGCCACCGUUUGUCAUCACAGCGCCUGUGCCAGGCUAGGUGCACUUUGAGGCUGCGUGAAGUAUCGAAGUCCCGCUGAUGGAAGGUCAUGGGAGUGCCAUGGGUCGACUGACUGAUAGAUGCACCACCGGUGCACCCAACUGUUCCAACUCGCUGCUUUUAACCGUCCGGCGCUGUGCUCGUUGUUGUGAGCCUCACUCUUCUGUCCUCCGUUGCAGGAUGCUACUGCCCCUGCACGGGCCUCCUCCACAUUUUCCGAUCUUGACACCCGUGGUAGGGGCCGUCCAUAAAUGACGUCACGCACCUGGGGGGUCAGACAUU